AUGGAAAUUCCUGCGAUUAAUCUAAAGGUGAGUGUUUGCUGAACUUGUUUUUAGAGUUAGGAGUGUGUGUGUUGCAUUUUAAGCAAAGGCCGAUGAUGUUGCAAACUUUGUGGCUCAGUUUUCAGAGGUUGUUCCUCUUUGUUGCAACUACCUGCUUUAGGUUGUGACACAGAUCUGUUGGUGAAAUGCUGUCAAAGUUUGUUAAGAGUGCUUUUCAAAAAGAUCCAAAACUUGGCAGGUAUCUUUCCAUAGAUGAGGACCAGGAGUUUAUUCCUAGAUUUAGAAACCUUACAAGAUGCUAGAGAGCUAAACAUAGUGGUGAAAUUGUUUCUGAAAGAUGUAUUUGUGAGAAAAUAUGUAAAAGAAAGCAAGUGAACUAAUUCCUGAAUGAUGCACCACAGCCUCUGAAAAUGGAGAACCAUGAAAUUCAUUUUUUGUGCUUUUUCUCUGAGGCUGAUUCGCUCUAAUGCAGGUUGAGCAACUUUUAUUCAAGGCUUUAAAACUUUGAAUUAAACCUCUGCAGGAAAACGUAAUAAAAAUAAUACUAAAGCAGAUUAAGGAGGGAUUUUCUGAGAAUAAUGUUUAAGUCAGAAAUUGGUGUUAAGAAGUACAAGGAUUUGUGAAAUCAAAUAAACCUGAUGCUACUUCACAUGUUGCAUCUGCAAACAGAUCACAUGUUUUACAUUUAGCUCUGCAGUUUCUUGUCUUUUCUGCUCACAUGGUUUGGACUGGGUGCAUUUAGAAAUCAAGUUUUAGAACCAAUUCACUGGAAAUCCUGGGCCCCAAAGUUCAUUUAGGGCCCCUACUUUACUCACCGGAUGAAUAUAAGAUCAUAGGACAUCUGACAUGUCCUCCUUUGGGUUUAUUUAUUUGUUUUUUGGUCCUUCUUGUUCAGAUUGUCAGAAAUUGUAUUUAGCUUAAAUUACUGGUUCCAGCUUGAGGUUUGUUAAAAGAUCCUGUGACAAUUUUUGGUGUUAGUAAAACGCACAGUUAUACACUGCCUGCACAAAAUAUUUGCAUUCACUGAUAUAUUUCAUCACCAAAAGUCAGCAGGAUGAGAUCUGCAGAAAAAAACUGCUUUUGUCCACAGGGGGGUGCCAAAAUUGAUACAAACUCUCUUUAAAGAGCUUUGACACAAGAAUAAAGAGGAAAAAAAAUAGAGCAGCAGUAUAUUUGGGGGAGUUUAUUUUUUAAUAACUGACAGAUGAGUUAGAAGUUAAAGCUACAAUGAGAAACUUAUGCUUUGUGUUGAUUUUGGUGCCCCCUGUGGACAAAGUAAUCCCUCUUCUAACUUUUCCUAAACCUGUCCAAGUAGCAUUUUCAGACAAAAACUUCCUCCAGUUGUCUUGUAAAAAUGAAACAAAUCAGUCACUGUGAGUAUUGCCUGUGCAAAAAGUUUAGAGAAGUUUGACAUCCCCCCCCCCCCACACACACACACACACACUGUGUUUAAACUUUUAAAAUUACUACAGUGAAUUUAUUAGGCUUGUGGUUGAUGGUCUUGUUUGCUUCUGAAGGACAUAAAAAAGCACUAGUAUCAGUUUCAGUAUGUUUUCAACUUCUUAAAAACCCCUCUCAGCGCUUUUAACACUAUACUUAAUUUUAGUUUUUAGGGAUAGUCUUUAAAAAAGUCCAGUUAUUCUGUCUAACUCUUUGUGUUCUGUCUCAGGCCAUCGUUCUGGUGCAUUGGCUGCUUUCGAUAUGGUAAGUCCCGCAGCCUUUUUUCCACAAACCUGAGGAAUUUCUCUCCUCCUUUGGCGCUCACUCAUCCCCUCACAGAGACUCACUAUUUUGUUUCAGGCCCUCUCCUAGACCUGUCUACCUCAUGCUGAAAUGUGACGCUGUCUUUCAUGGGUUGUUUGUUGCAGGGGUUGCAUGGCGUGGCUUCCCUACUCCUAUUCCUGGGGGAACUUCAGUGUUUUAGCCAUCGGGGUUUGGGCCAUCGCGCAGAGGGACUCAAUCGACGCUGUGCUCAUGGUGAGUCUUGGAUUAUUUUGCUUUGGUUUCUUCACGCACACUGCAAACUUAAUAUCAUGUGACAGGUACAGGGUCUAACUUUAGGCACAGUAAUGCGUGUCCAUGCUAACCUAUUUGUGUGUGGAAUCUGGGACAAUCUGUGAGCAUCCCUUUGAGAGAGAUAGCCGUCUCUUAAUUUGGUAAAGAGUACAGUAACAGUGGCUUUCACAGUGUAUUAGCUUACAGCAGCAGGGGGGUUUCACAGUUUUGGCCCAUGCUGAUUUUGGAUUAGCCUUAUUUGGUUUCACUGGAAUUGAGAGUGACUUAUUCCAAGCCCAGAAAGUUAGAAACUCUAUCCUCACUCAGAGAUUACAUCUUUAACAAUCACUGUAAGCUGACUAUCCCCACUGUAGCCAAGUCUGAAAUCACUUAUUACUAAUUUUACUGUCAACUUUAUAGUGAUUUCCUCAUUUUGUGCAGCUGACCAAACCUUUUUACCAUUCACUCCAAAAAACAGAAUUUUCUUUCAAGUGAGUCCAAAAUAUCUUGUGAAUGACCAGCAUCCAUAUUUCUUUGACCCUGUGCUCUGGAAAGUUAUGCCCAAAUGCUGAGUGUUCAAUAAUGUCUUACAAUACUUACUUCCUCACAUGGCUUAUUAUUACCAUAUUACCAUUUUGACUUUAUAGAUCACAAACAUCCACUUCAUAUUAAUGUAAACCAUAUAUUUGAAAAUCUGGCUUACCUAAAACAACAGUCAUCAUCAGCACCAUGAAACUUUUUGGCAGAAGUUACCCCGUUAGCUAGCCAAGGAGAGCAAUCUAACAAUUAUGAAAGUUUGCCAACAUAAGCCAGCGAGCAAGCUACCGGCUAAUACGGUAUUUUCAACCUUUUUUGAGCCACGGCACAGUUUUUACAUUGACAAAGUCCUGGGGCACACCACAAACCAAAAUGACACUCUAUAGCCUAGCACAGUAUAUAAUGUAGGGAUGCACCAAAAUGAAAAUUCUUGGCCAAAACCAAAAAUGAGGAAACCAAGGCCGAAAACCGAAAGAAAUUACUAUGCCAAUUAUUAGUACCAUUGCAUUUAUGGGUAUGACUGCGUACGAAUCUCACUAAAAUCAAGGCAUUGCAAUUGUAUAAAUCCAUAUUGAUUAAUUCUAAAUACUAAAUUAAUAUUAAUUUGUGCAAUUGCAAUGUGAGUUUUGAGUUUUUGAGUCAGCAUGUUGCUGCAUUCUCUGAGUGGUUUACACCUUUAGAUAGUGCCCACGAGUCAGGGGCAAAAACAACUCAAAAGUUCUAAGAGAAGAACUGUUGCGAACAGUAGAGACGCGACAAGAAAAGUACAGAGUUGAUUUCUGUUAAAUCUAUCAAUAAAAGUGAGAAGAAGUGAAAGUUCCUUCAGCAUCUGCUCGUCUAUUUGGCUGCAACAUCCGCCACAGAUUGGCUCAGAGCGAUUUUCCUGUUCUUCUCAUAUUCAGAAUGAUGAUCUGUAUGUUUGGAUAUCAGGUGAUAAAUUAAAGCAGACGUGAAGAAACUUUUGGCAGUUUCACCCUCUCUUGAAAUUUUAGCAUUACACGCUAUGCCAAACGUUAUCCAUAGUUCACCAAUACAUUGAAAUACAUCCACACGGCAGACAUGUUGGCUUUAAUCCAGACAAGCCCUUACUGGAGAAAAGUGCCAAGACUGAAAAUGCACUUUUGGGCCAUUUUCGGCUGAAAACUUAAGGUGGCUUAAUUUUAGGUGCAUCCCUAGAAUAUAGUUCGUAAUAUAGUUUCUAAAUCUAUUUAUACUCACUCAGUAUGAACUCUGGCCACACAGGUUGAAAAUCACUGAGCUAAUAUAUUUUCUGCAUUACAUGUUUCAGUUUUCAAGUUGCAGUGUUUUGUCAGGUGACCAAUAACUGUUGGUUAUGCUUAUGUUAGCUAUGUUAGCUUAAUGCUGAUAACAGCUACCUUAAAUUUACGAUUUUUUAACAUCAUCAGCCCUGUGACUAAAUCCUGCAUUGUCAAAUUAUGUUUUUAUUUUGAAGUAAACUUCUCCCUGUUCACUGUAAAAAACUGAAUUAAAACAGUUAGAAAUACAGUUUAAAAGUAAAAAUUUUCAGUUGAUUAUAAAGUGGAAAGAGACACAAGCCCUUAAAUUUGUCCACAGUCUGUUUGAAUGUCUUUUUUUUUUUUAAGUAAUGAUUUACUCACAAGUCUGCUACAGAUAGCUCACUAGCAUUCUUUUACUCCUUCUUCGUUUUGCUAUCGCCAUAAUGUGUUAUAACCAAAGAAUUUUAUUAUUUCAUGUUAAAGCUUUUGUAAGAAAGUGGUCAAAUUGUUUUAACUGCUGAUUUACACUAGCUAACUGUGUUGGUAAAUAUUUAGCUGAAAUACUAACUGUAAUGUAACUAUUGCAUUUGCUUAAUGCCAUUAAAGUUAUUGUCUAUCCUUCUCGCACAAACUCUCAUCCUGCUGCUAUUUUACUGUAAAUUAUAUUAUUUGUUGCGAGUAUUUUAUGUAGAAAUUGGGCUUUUUUUCUCAGCUGCUCGGCUGACACCUACCCCCUCACACCACUUUUAGGCAGAAAAUUACAGUGUGAAGAUUGAAAAUCUUUUUUUUUUUCAAUAUCAAUUUUAGUCAGUUUUGUUAAUGUCAGAAAAAUUUAUCACAGGAGCUUUAAGUACAAUUGUAGCUUAAAAGUGGCUAUUUCUAGAUAACAUUGUUUAUACCAAUGUUGGCUAAUGAGGUAAAUAGUUCCUGAUAAAAACAGCAGUUAUACUUCUGAUUUUAGCAAAGCUUUGAAAUUAGUACUGAUACGUGGUUUCUGAAGGGGUGAAGAGAGUCCUGUUGCAAAUAAACAACAGUGAGGAUGUUGACAGUUUUUCUGUUGUCUGUCCAAAAGAGCCACUCUGAGCCGAACUGGUGAUUUACAACAAACAUUGUACCCUGCCAAAGCCUCUCAGCUCUGCUGUAAGUCUCCACAUCAUUGAGAUUCUUUGUCACUGGAAGGUUUUUGGAUUAAUUCAAGCUCAUCCAAAUUUUCUGGGAAAGUCUCAAGGUCUUUACACAGUUAAGAGAGGAUAUUAGUGCUGGAUAUCUGCACUGAAAACCUUGAAAAUAUCCACCAAAUUAACCCAGCUCUAAGUAUAGACCAACACUGAGAGUAGUGAGCAGAGAUUUACUCUGAAGCUAAUCGCAGCAAGAUUUCUUAAUGGGACAUGUGUCUGGCUCACCAUCACAGCAUCCAGCCAUGAGCUGGAUUUGUGUUUGUAGAAACUGUUUGAACAGGAUUGAAUGCUCCCGUUCACAGGAGAGAUGAGAAUAAAAGCAAGAAAAGAAAUUACUGUGAAGACCUUGAAGAAGACAAGACUGCUGUUGACGAAGUUGAUGUCCAAAGUCCCGUCCCUUUCUAAACUCUGAAUUGUUAAAAAAAUCAAGAAUGACAUGGAUGAGUGUAGACAUCUUUCAAAAGUUGGACCACUUCACAAACCAAUCAAUCAUUCAUCACAAAAGUCCUAUAGUUUAAUCUGAGUCACAGUUUAUCUUUGUGAAAUCUGCCUCAGGCUGACUGAAAACAUAACAGGUAAGAAACACCUCAAGAAAAAAAAAAAAUCCUUUUCUUAGUGAUUUUUGAAGGUAUUUUUGACAUUUAUAGAGUCAGUCAAUCACUGCCAUGGGAGGAAACCACAGGAGGACCUUUUACUCUGCGUACUUCACGGGGUAAAAAUCUCACUCAGAGCUCAGGGAAGGAGCUUUGUGGCCAUAAAAUGGUGGAAAAGGAUUUUUUUAGAGCGUCUAAUGCACUGCUUUAUUUCUGUGGGAUAGAUCUGGCAUAUAGUCCUUCUUCCUCAUGUUAUGAUACUUCACUAUCUCAAGUAUUUACAGUGGUUUCUGUUUGUAUACUCAUCAAAUAUUUACUUGAUUUCCUUCAGUUCAGGGCAACAUUUGGAUUUGACUAUUCAGCUGUUUAAAGGAAAAAAUAAACAGGUUUUUCUCUUAGUUGCAUUGAAAGAAACACAGUCAUACCAUUGUCAGCAAACUGUAUGGCAGAAGUUUUGGCACUGUGGGCAGGAGCCAAGUCCUACUGGAGAAGUAUAUCAGUAGAUGGAGCCGUUGGGUGAUCUAAAACUUUCUGAUAGAUGACUGCGUUGCUUCUGAACUUAAUCAAAUCAAUAAUUUGGUAAUCCGAUAUGACACUGUUCAUACGGUGAGAUUGUUGGCAAUGACUUGGCUUGUGGAGCGUGCUGUGCAUCCAGAUGUGUCCAUCUAUUGUUGGUUUUUGGGCUUUACUUUGUCUUGAUUAGCUCUCUCUAUAUUUUGGAGCAUGCCAUAGUUAGUAUGAAGAUAAUUUUGGAGAAUUUCUCCAAACAGUGUUUGUUUUGGAUUAAUGCAAUGAUAAUAUUAAUGUUGAAUUUGCAGAUAGUGUCUGCAGUAUUUGUCUGGCCCUAUUUUGAUCAGCAUUAAAAAUUUGACACAUAUCCUUUAAAGUGUCAUCUGCAACAUUUAAAACGAAUUUGCGAUUAAUUGUGAGUUAACCAUAGACGAUCAUGCCAUUAAUCGUGGUAAAAAAAUCAUUUGACAGCCUUUCAAAAGCCCAACAGACUCUGUAAAUUAAAUUUGUAUUCCUGUUUUGUUUUUUCCGGCAGUUCCUGAUGGGAAUGCUCCUAACGAUAUUGACUGACAUCAUCCACUUCAGCAUCUAUUACCCGACCAAUGACUUGUCAAUAGAUAGAGGAAACAGUGUGUUUCGCUUCAGCGCGGGAAUGGCCAUCCUCAGCCUGCUAAUCAAACCAGUGUCCUGCUUCUUCGUCUAUCAAAUGUACCGUGAACGUGGAGGGGAUUACAACGUGAACUUUGGUAAGUGCUACAGGACGACACAAACACAGAAACAUGAAAAACUUUGAGGAUUAUAAUUUCAAAACUAGUGAGUAAGUCUCUUUUAUGUGAAGGUUUCCAGCCCCCAUGAACACAACAUCCCCCACCCCUGAGUGUGACCAAAGCUGGAUGCACAGUGUGUUGUGUGUGACCAGCCGUGCUUUGAGCUCCUCCAUGUGUUGUUUAAUGCAGUUUGUCAGGAAAGUCCUGUCAAGUGCAGCACAAAAUGUGAAGCCUCUGUGCGAAACCACUUGCAGAUCAUCCUGCAGUCAAACUAACAAGUCAGAGUCACAAGGUGUUUCAAGUGCUGCAGCCUGGAGAUUAUUUUCUUUAUGUAGUGCUGCAGAUUUCCUCUGCAGCAGGGAGGGAGAAUUAAACCAUGCAGGCAGGGCCAGGUAAGCAGACAGGGGUCCACAGAUUUAGAGGUUUAGAGAUGUUAAUGACUGCUCUCUGCAUGUGUGAGCAAAUAAGAAAUGAGUAUACUUCUCCGUGAGUGGUGGAGAUGUGAUUAAAGCAUGUGUGGUCAUUGAUUUUUAGUCUUUUGAGAGCUUUUCCAUCAGAAAUCUGUCUGAGCUGUGACGCCUGCUGGUCUCUUAAAUACUUGAAACUGUCACACAUGGCUUCAUCUGUAUUAACUGAUAAAAAAAAGCUGCAUUUGUCCUGUAUUUUUAAGUAAUUUAAUGGAAGAUGGAGGAUUUCUUAAAGGGAUAGUGAGCCCAGACAUGCUUGUUGUUUGCAAAAAUAAACCGGGAAGUUGAGCCUCAUUUAUUAUUAACUGCAGUAUUUCCAAAUUAAAACAUUAUUCAUGACACUACAGAGUGUCAAAAGUAUAAAAGAAAUUCUUUGCAUUGUAGCCCUUGCCUCAUAUAUUCUUCUCCUGAUUUGUCUCUUGGAGGAUAAUUGAAUAUUGAUGAAUCGUCCCUCUCUGCGGUCUGACUCAAACGUCACACACACGCAGCAGGUUCACCCAUUACGCUGUGAUUGGCUGCAGAGUGACUGAUGAACAUAGCUAAUGUUGCUUUCAGACAAUGUGUGUUUUUAAUUGCUGUCUGAUUGCAUUGGCUGCCAUUAAAAAGGUCUCCUGCUGUAAAAAGCACUCUGGGUAACCAGGCAAUCAGGUGCAUAAAAGUGAGUUGUUGAUUCAAGAGCACAGUUUGAAGCUAACUUACACCUAUUUAAAUCACUUAGAUUUGGGGUUUUUGGCUUUAUUUUAACGCUCAUUGAUACAUUAAAUAAAUUACAUUAAUUAAAUCAAGGCUGACAGGACAAGUUGCUUUACAUGUACCAUGAACAUUGGUUUUGUUGCAUCACCAUAGACUGUAUAUAAAAUUGAUGCGGUCUGCCUCCUCGCAAGGUGUAGCCACUGUGGGAACAGCACCCUCUGGUGACGGGCUGCAGUACAGAGCAUAAAUCACACCUCCCCCAGCAUUCCCUAUAGAGCUGUGGACAAACUUUAGAAAUUUAUUACACAGAAUAUACAUUUUUCUUCCCCCUGCUUGUAAUGUUGACAUGUAGUUAUUGUAAGACUGGUUUGUGCUCAAGUCCUCUUUUUUUCUGUACGGCUCCAUUUUUAAAAGUUAUUAGGUGGUUCAUGUUUUCUAUGAUUGAUACUUGAUACAGCCUAUGGGCAUACAAAGACACUGUUUCAGCUAAGCACCAUCACAGCGACUCUCUCGCGGAAUGCAUACAACGCCACUGCGCAAGUGGCAGUUCCAGGAAGUGGAAAAAAUCCCGGAAAUACCGAGAGCAAUUCAGCUCCAAAUUUGUAUAAUGACAGAAGGCGGAACCAAGUUGUCUAUAGUAUAUACAGUCUAUGUGCAUCACUUAUGUAUGGGUGUGGUGAUAAGGCUGUUAUGCAAGUCAGAGCCUCUUCAACAGAAGUCUGCAGCUCAGCAGGAGAAAUGUAUCUUUCUAUGAGAUGCACAAGAGACACAAAGAGAAGCUAAUACUGCUGCAGUGGCAUUGUGCACAGCUAAAGAUCUGGUUCCCUUAAAGAGAGUGAAAAGACAUACAGGUUUGGGCAGCCCAGCUACAAGGAUUUUGCUGAAGUUGCUCUACUUCAUCUGUGCAACUGAGCAUGUGCUAUGACCACCAGAUCGCUGGAGGUGAUGUGGUUUUAUUCCAUUACAAUAGACUCAUGGUUCAAGUUUAAGGUGAGCUAAUUAUCCAGGGGCUAAAAACGUAUCUUUAGUUUCUGAUUAAAAUCCAGUUUGGUGUGAAAAUUGAAAAGUUAACUUUAAGCCAUGCAUACAUUUAUGCUAGCUCUAACUUACCUUACAUGUGGCAUGUACUUCCUUUCAAAACACAAGUAUAAUAUUGUGAUACCUAAAACAUACAAACAAACAAAAAAAAAAAAAAACAAAACAGUAAAUUAUAAAACAAAAGCAUCACAAAUAAUCAUACAGUGAGUUCAUCUACUUUCUAAUUGCGUUGAUUGGUGAAGUCCAAAAUUAGCAUGUUGCUUCACUUUUAUCCUCCCUAAUUUCCUUGAUUAUGUUUUCUUAAUACCAAAUUUGCAUAAUUAUUGUGAUGAUGUUACCAUUAAUGCUUUUUGGUAUUUGUAACUAUGAGCUAAGAAUAUGAUAUUGUGGUAGCUCUAGUUUUUAGCAGCGUAGGGAUGAUUUCAUCAGCUCUAGAUCGUUGCACAGAUUGCAGGACAGGGUGUUGCUUCAUUUUUCUUCUAACCAUCUUUACUUUCCAACUCUGUUGACCAGCCUGAGAUAGAAACUAACUUUUUUUGCCACAGUGUCAACAGACAGAGAUGGAAUAAGUCAGACUUGUUUACGUAGAUCAGGCAUUAGUGAUCAGGUGAGCCUUGGUCCUGUUAAUGAAGAUUGUUAAAUAUGUUGUUUUACUUAGGAUAUGGCCUGAUGCAUCCCGCUGUUAUUGCUUCAAGGGAAAAAUGUUGAAAUGAUCACAAACUGUUACUCACUCACCAUGUGACACAGGACUAGAUCAUUAUUUAAGGUUGCCACUCUCAGUGUGAUAUCAGGAAAAUCAAGAGGGUCUGAUUUCUGGUCAAUAAUCAUAUAAUCCUAAUUCCACCUUUUUCUUGCUUGUUAUAUCUUCUGCCAGAGUCUGCCUGGCCGUCACUGUUGUCACUUUAAGGUUUUUUCUUUCGAUUUGAUUUAACUAUUUGUUUUGUAUCUUUUUCCUUUUGUUCCCUCUGUUCUCUCCUCCACUUUUGACCUUUGACCUCUCAGACUUUGAGACCUCUGUGGACAGCCGAUGCACUACGGAUAGCGCUGACAGUGCCUUUAUCGGCCGCCGCUAUUGAUCCCUGCUCCCUUCCUAUUACCAUCCCUCUCCUCCCAUCAUCCCUUUUCAUCCUGUCCUACCUAGGAGGCAAGGUUACAAACCCGGCUGCAGGACAAACAUGAACUUUUUUUGAUCUUCUCUUUUAAAUUAUUUUUCUUUCCAUCUUCAAUCAGCCCUUCUUACCUGCUCGUACCUGCCUGAUUGUGUCCGAUCACUGUGUUUGUGUACAUGUCCGCUGUUUUAAACGUGUUUGUAUGUCUCUGCUUCUGUAUGUAUUAUUUAUACUUCCUCUUCUCUCCAGACGCCUCAUUUGCGUUUGUGUUUCCUGUUUGCAUAUAUUUAAAGCAGAGCUGCAUGAUGCUGCACAUUCUUAAAUCAGCCUAAUUACAGUCAACAUAAUGAAGACGACGACUGCGACCUGUUUGAAAUGCACACUUAUAUAAGUUUGCUAAGCAUUACCAGUAAACUUUUUAAAGAGUUAUGACUGUUUUACUUUGCUUUUAAAUAAAUUAAUUAAUAAAAAAAAUGAUAAACCCUGCAGGUGUAUUAGUGAAGUGAUCAGAAACUUUAAAUCAUCAUCAAUUUGUGCAUGUUUGUGAAAGACUCCGGGCCAUGCAGAGGUAAACGCCUCCUCAGUGACACAGAAGCUUCUUUAAUACUUUUCAUGUGGAUUACACCAGCGAGCAGUCACCAUCAAGUUCGAUAUGAAGAGAAUUAACACCCUCACACUGAGGAAAAACCACUGAAAGACUUCCAGAUGAGUUCUCAGAUUAUAGACUCUGGUCUGUUUCUAUGACUAAGUUUCUUUCAGUCAGCAGCUCCCCAGAAAGUUGUGGAUAUGAAGAGAAAGAGGAGAAAUGAGAGGAAAUGCUGCAACACGUGACCUGGUUUGUUGAGUUUGAUUUGGAGGCGACAUGAUUGAUACAACUCAAACAUUUGGACAUUGACAAGAAAAUAUUUUGACAUUUCAAUAAUUGCUUUCAUAACUAUCUCAAAAAAAAAAAAAAAAGUGUUUCUAGCUUCUUUCCUGUAAGAGUUUGCUCCCUUUGUGCUUGUUGAAAAGUUUUGAGGUUUUGAAGUGUUGCUUUGGGGUAAGAAGCAAAUUGAAGGUGUUUUUGAGGGUUUCAGGAAACUUUGAUGUAGAUUUCAGGCUGUCUGAUAAUGUGUUAAAAGUAAGCCUAAAAGUAAGUAAUAAUAGCAGUGGUCCUUAACGCUGUAUGCCACACAGAGGUUGGACAAAGAAGAAGCGGCUGCUGCUUGUGAGUUAGAUGUAUCAUCCCUCUGAGAGAUGAUUCAACACUUUUUUAACUGAUGUUCAAGAUUUUUAAACUUUUAAAGCUUGAGCUGCUUUGGGUUACAAAUCAACUGAACAUUUAUACUUCUCUCCUACAUUAUAUUUCAAAAAAGCAUCGUUCAACAACACAAGAUAAAAAGCAAUCUUUUUGCAAGACAGAAAAGAUAUCAAAAUAAAAGCAUUAAAAACUGUCAUUCAAUGAGAUAGUGUCCUCCCUAAAGAAGUUUCAAGAACAAUGAAAAUGAAUCCUAAAUUUGAAGAUUGUUUAGAUGUAAAAAUGGGGAAAUGAUAAUAAGAUGCACUUAAUAUGUUGGAUAUUAUAAGUUGGAUAAUAUAGUAUAAUUAUCCAGAGGAGGUCAGAAGUUUAAGUCUAGAAAAAAAUUCAAGUGUGUGAGAGAAGAUAAGUGUACAACAAAGGGGAUCUUUCUGAGGGAGAAACAAGCUGCGACUUCAAAAGAGUCUAAAAAGUAAAUGCAAAACCACAAAAUAAGCACAACAACCAAAACCUGACCAUCCAGUCCAAAUGCAUUUAGAAAGGUACAAACAUUGACCCGAGGUCUGUAUUACUGUGCCAAAAAGACAAAAACUCAGACCAGUUUAAAAAUUCCAGAGAACAAAAGUGAGAAAAGAGAAAAGCUUUUCACCCCGAGCCAAAGGCCAAAUAAUGAAAGUAAAUUUGAGGUUUAGUUUUACAGCAAACUCUGAGAGGACAGCUGAACAAUUAAAAAGUUUGGUACAAAAAGCAGAGAUAAAUGCAUUGACAUCAAACAUGCUGCCAAACCUGACAUGAUGAAAAGUCAAAUCCUACAAAUCUGACAAACAGCAGCAAGUGAUUCAAGUCCAGUCAUUAAAGCAGAAGAGCUCCAAGUCUGAAGGAGGAGGUCUGUCUUUGUCUGUAGUUUCGUCCUCUUAAGUUUUGAAGAAAGGAAAAAAAACAAAAAGUUUUAAACACACUCCAUCAUCUUACCUUUUGCAGAACUUGUUGCUCCUGUUUUAGAGUAAAAGUGCAUUAUACCAGGUUGGCCAGGUUCAGUGUGUUUGUACUUGUUGGAGCCUGAGAUGCUAAUUUGUCCUGUGCAUAUUCUCAGCUUCCCUCAACACUUUCUGUUUGUUAAAAUCUGCAUUGUCUCUUAAUUUGCUGCCCCAGUGAAAAUCGUGGCCCUCUGCAGCAAGAGAAAGAGAGAUGUUUCAAAGAAUGGCUUCUUUCUGCUGCUUACGGCUUUUAUAUGCAUAUUCCUCUACUCUUUGUUAGUCACAGACGCUGAUGUGAUAAUUAAUUAUACAUCUGCAUGGUGGGGGUUUGUGUGUUGAAGACAUCUUGGGCUUGUCUCUGCAGGUUUUCCCUCAGUAACGCGAAACAGAGAGGCUUACCAGUCCAUUGACCAACAGGAGGAGUCCUCCACCACAGCGAACCCCUUCAACCAGCAGCAGGAUGUGAAAUCAGGAGCCCGCACGUACUGA